AUGUUGGAGGGAGUGGUUGCUAAUUUGCUCAACCGGUUUCUGGGCAUCUACGUCAAAAAUUUCGACGCUAAACAGCUCAACAUUGGGAUUUGGUCGGGCGACGUCAAACUAAAGAACCUCGAACUGCGCCGCGAAGCGCUUGACCAGCUACACCUCCCGUUGAACGUCGUCGAAGGCCACCUCGGACAACUCACACUAUCCAUUCCAUGGUCGAACUUACGAGGCAAACCGGUGAAGGUCGAUAUCGAAGAUGUCUUCCUGCUCGCGGCACCCAGAGAAGAUGCGGAUUACGACCCAGAGGAGGAAGAACGGAGAGCGAACGCGCUGAAAUUGGAUCGGGUUGAGAGCGCCGAGCUUCUGCGGGAGCGCAAUGCGGAGGGCAUGAGUCAAGAGGAACAGCGCCGAAACCAGAGCUUUACGCAGAGCAUGAUUACGGCUGUGGUAGACAACCUGCAGAUUUCCAUCAAGAAUGUGCAUUUCCGCUACGAAGACUCCAUCGCUUCGCCUGGACAUCCGUUUGCUGUCGGUGUGACCCUCAAGGAACUGAGUGCAGUGAGCACAGACGGCGAAUGGAAUCCGACUUUCAUCCAAUCGGACUCCAGUGUCACGCAUAAACUGGCUGUUCUCGGCGCGCUCUCGGUCUAUUGGAAUACAGAUGCCACACUCCUCGGAACUGGGCGAGGCUCUGAUGUAGGCGCAGGGGCCCAAGGAAUCAGCCGGGAUGAAUUGAUGGAGAAACUAAGGACUGCAAUUGAUGCCGAUGAAGGUAAUCAAUUCAUGUUGCGUCCCGUCAGUGGCCGUGCUGGACUUGAAAUGGAUAAGUCGGGCAAGCAUGAUCGCCCCGCAAUCAAAGCGAGAUUGCUCUUCGAAGAGAUCGGCUUCGUUCUAGAUGACAAACAAUAUCGCGACGCAUUGAUGCUGGUGGAUCUCUUCCACUACUUCAUUCGCCAUCAAGAAUAUAAGAAAAUCCAGCCGAAGUCCUCACCGAAAGAGGAUCCCCGGGCAUGGUUCAGGUUCGCCGGAGAAGCUGUUCUAAGCAAGAUCCACGACCGUAACAGACGUUGGACCUGGGACUACAUCAAGGAGCGCCGAGACGACAGAAUCGCAUACAUCGCCUUGUUCAAAAAGAAGAAGAAGGGAGAGGCCUUCACUCCCGAAGAAUCUAAGGAAAUGGAGCGAUUGGAAGCCAAGCUCAGUUACGAGGAUAUCCGAUUCUGGCGCUCACUUGCACGGAACCAGCUACGAAAAGAGAACGUUGGGGUUAAAAAGCCCGCGGAACAACAAUCAUGGUCCGACUGGUUCUGGGGCGCCAAAAAAGAGGAGUCUGAGGAGACUAUGACCGAAGAGCAGCGACAAGAGCUGUAUAACGCCAUUGACUGGGAUGAAAAGAAAGCCAUCGCAGAGAGUGUUGACGUGCCUCGGGAAUGGGUCAAGCUCCAGGUCAACUGGAGUCUUCGAGCCGGUAGCUUCACCUUGCUCCAAGAUCCCCAUGGUGCAGCAAACCAAGUCAUGAAGCUAGUAUUCGACAACUUCCGAGCCAAGGCCCUUCAACGAUCUGAUUCCUACCUCCUUGACCUUGACCUCGGUGGAUUGAAGAUGUAUGACGGCACCACCCCCGGGACUCUUUAUCCCCAGAUCGUCAAGGUCAAGGAUUCGCUCCCUGAGCCUACAAAGGAAAGCGAGCCGAGUGAGGAUGACGAUGACCUCGCCUCACAAGCUAGCGCUGAUGACGUAGAGGACGAGGACAGUCUUUUCCAUCUGCAGUUGGAGAAGAACCCGCUCGAAAGCGAUGCGGAUACGGCAGUCAAAGUCAAGUUGAAGAGUAUUGAAGUUAUUUAUAACCCUCGAUUCCUUGUGGGGAUCGUCAAAUUCUUUGAGCCACCCGAGAGGCAUAUGGAAUCGAUCGGUGCUCUUCUUGACACCGCCGGAGCCACUGUCGAAGGGCUACGGCAGCAAACCCGGGCUGGCCUGGAGUUUGCCCUGCAGGAGCACAAGAAGGUUGAUGCGCAAUUCGAUAUUCACGCGCCCUUGAUUAUUGUCCCGGAAAGUAUCACACAACCCAGUUCGCUUUGCUUGAUUCUUGAUGCAGGCCAUGCCAGUGUCAACAGUGAGUUGGUCGACCGCCAAGCGAUGCGGGAUCUCCAAUCCAAGCAGAGCAAGCAGUACGAGGAGGAAGAUUACAAGCAACUAGAACAUCUGUUGUACGAUCGAUUCCUCAUCAAACUGGACUCCACUCAAGUCCUCAUUGGACCGGGUGUGGAGGCAACUAAAGCCCAACUCAAUACCGAUGUUGAGUCUAGGAAUUUCCACAUCAUCGACCGUAUCAAUGUCGACUUUGCGCUGGAGAUGUGUAUUGUACCAAAGGUAACCCAGCUUACCCGAACACGUAUCUCUGGGCAUCUUCCGGAGCUCCAUGCAUCAAUGUCAGACACCAAGUACAAGGGCUUGAUGAAAUUGAUCGAAAUUGCAAUUCCGCACUUUGACGAGGAAAAGCCUUCUGAUCCUGCUGCCGCAGCAGCGGCCAAGGAAGAAGCAGCCAUAGCCACGCGAGCCAGAUCAGCAUCCUUCAACCCGUCGGCCCAACGUGAUCUUCCUGUUGUUGAUGACGAUGAGGAGUCUGAAGCAGACAGCGAACAAACAAAGAAGAGCCUAGAUACACCAACCAAUAUCCAUCGCCGGGACUUCGAGUUCAAAUUCACUGUUGGCCGUCUCCGUGGCUCUCUUUCUCGCGCUGACCCUCAUGAUCCGCAACGCGAUCAUUUGCUAGUUGAGCUGGUUGCUGAAGGGUUCCAGCUGGACUUCUACAUGCGUCCGUACGACAUGGUUGCGGAAGUUAUUUUAAAAUCGUUGAGCGUGGACGAUUAUAUCGAAGAGAAUCCAAUUCCUGAAUUCAAGAGAAUUAUCUCAUCCAAAGGCUUUGAUGCGGAUGAAGACAAAGACCUGUUCCAGCUCAAAAUGGUGCGGGUAAAGCCUGAGUCUCCUGAAUUUGAGUCGACAUAUGAAGGAGUUGCCAUGAAUCUUGACAUCUCAGUCUCGACCAUCAAUCUUGUCGUGACGAGGAAGACACUACUCACACUGCUGGACUUCAUUCUUCUUACAUUCACCAAUCCUCAACAGCCAGUCGAAGCAAGUACGGAAACGGAUAAGGCGAUCGAAGGAACAGAGAAAGUGGAAGAAACCCCUCAGCAAGCUGGGAAGAUUCGCAUCAGGGCUGAUCUUAAAAGUAUUGCGCUCAUUCUCAAUAACGACGGCGUCCGCUUGGCAACGUUGAGUCUGAACACUGCCGACGUUGGCAUUUUCCUGGUGGGCAGCUCUAUGCUCAUCCAGGCUCGGAUAGGCAGUCUGACUCUGGUCGACGACGUCAACCUUGGUGCCGCGGAGGACUCUGAUAUCCGGCGCCUGCUGACGAUAGAAGGAGAUAACUUCGCCGACUUCAAGUACGAGACCUUUGAUCCCGAGAGUGACACAUACCCUGGAUAUGAUUCCGAGGUCUAUCUGCGGUCUGGUUCAAUCAAAAUCAAUUUCCUGGAGGAACCCUACCGAAAAAUCAUCAACUUCCUCGUCAAGUUUGGCAAGAUGCAGGCCAUCUUCAACGCAGCUCGCCAGGCUGCUGCCAACCAGGCCAACCAACUUCAGGAGAAUGCUUCGCGCAUGCGGCUUGACAUUGUCGUUAAAACGCCAAUCGUGGUAUUCCCACGCGUUCUGACGGAUGAUCGCCCAAGGGACACAAUCACAGCUCAUCUUGGUGAAAUCUACGCUAAGAACCAAUUCGUCCCCAUGGACGAAGGAAAGGACAGUCCUGCUGUCAAUGUCAUUUCCACUGGUGUGCGCAAUAUCCGCCUUACCUCGAAAUUCCAUUUCGAGGAUGAUACAUCCGAGGAGCUUGAGAUGAUUCAGAAGGUCAACCUGGACUUUAGUAUCUGUUAUCUGGAGCACCAAACCAACAACCCACGUCCAGAUAUGGAAAUUGAGGGCUCGCUGUCUCCUAUCAACCUUCGAAUCUCCCAGAGUCAGCUCAAGUUCUUGCUGGAGCUGUCAAAGUCGAUACCGGGUGCCUUUGUCACGGAUGUCGAACAGCAAGAGCUUGAGGCCCUCGAAUCUUUGCCUUCGUCCGUGACUGAACCUACGAGAGAAGCUACCUCAAAGGCUGUGCAGGCGCAGAAUGACUCGGGAGGAACGCCCACCGAUGACAACGAGAACAAGGAGACUUGGGUACGACUCGAUAUGAUCUUCAAGGUCGACAGUGUCGGAUUAGAGCUUAUCCUAGCAAACGACGACCAACCUGUCGGCCGUCUGGAGGACUCGAGCCUGUCCAGAUUCUCUCUCAAUGACACCAGAGUUAAGCUGCGCAUGUUGACGGAUGGUUCAUUGGAAUCAGAGCUCCUCAUCCAUUCGUUCUCCAUUCGCGAUAGCCGCAAGCAGGAUUCGAACAAGUUCAGAAACAUCAUGUCCUUGAUCAAUAACGAUGUCCAGCAGCAGUUCAUGGCUAGCAUCUCUGUGUCUGGAGGACCAGAGAAGCAUCUCAUUGCGAUGCUGACUAUUGACAGUCCUCGUAUUAUGUUUGCCUUGGAUUAUUUGUCUGCUUUGCAGUCAUUUAGUCAGUCUGCAUUUGCCUCUGCGGAGCCGACAGAAGUUAUCGAGGAAGAGAGUGAGACGGCCGACGAAUCUGAAACAGACUCUGCGGCUGCUGUUACUUCCGACAAAGCUACAACCGAGGAUUCUACGGGCAAUGCUACUGGAGCGACCAUGACCGUGUCGUUCCGGGUUAACCUUGUUGAUGCCCAAGUGAUCAUGGUGGCUAAUCCUGCCAUUCCCCACUCUGAGGCAAUUGUCCUUGGUACCAAGGAAGUCCUCAUUUCCCACCAAAACGUGUCCACUCUUCAAAUCCAGAAAGUUGGUAUGUUCCUGUGCCGCAUGGAUAAGUUCGAGACAUCUCGACUCCGCAUUCUGGAUGAUUUCACACUCGAAAUGUCCAUUGAUAGCCGAGGGCAAGACAAGGGAUCUGCUUUGACUUCAAUUGAAGUGCACCUUGAGCCUUUGGUCCUGAGGUUGUCUCUACGUGAUAUUCUGAUGGCGAUCCAGAUCGUCAACAAAGCGGCUGAGAUGAGGGCUCAGAAUGCCCAGCAGGUCGAAAGUGGGGAGGCGAAGAGGAUCGCAGACGUGAAAACCACCAGAGCGCGUUCGUCCAGCAAGGCAACUUCUACUAUUGCUAAGAGGGCUCGCCGUCUGAGUCAAUCCGUUCAACAACAAUUGGACCAGAGAUCUGCGCCACAAACUUCAGUGCUCCUCAAGCGCCAAGAAAUGUCUGCCAAGAUUGAUGGAGUCAGAGUCAUUCUCAUUGGUGACCUACAUGAUCUACCUUUGCUCGAUUGGAGUGUCAAGAAGUUCAACGUUGAUGUGCGCGACUGGUCAUCUACAUUAAAUGCCGACACCAACUUUGAGACGUUCGUGAACGUGUACAACUUCUCAAAGUCAUCAUGGGAGCCCUUAAUUGAGCCUUGGCAGCUGGGAUUUCACAUGGCUAAGGAGGUCAACCCGGACGUCUUCUCUUUCGAUGUCUACUCGCACAAGACGAUGGAGCUUACCGUAACAUCUGCCACGAUCGCACUCGCAUCCAAAUCAUUCCAGUUCCUCUCUACGGACGAGGAUGUUCUUUCCAAGCCGAGAGGCGCUGAUGCUCCGUACAGAAUCCGCAAUUACACUGGGUUUGACCUCAGAGUUUGGGCCGAUGUCAGUGCAGGAGAGGAAGGGCCAGCUGCAAAGCUCACCGAUGGGGAAGAAGCCCCAUGGCGAUUUGAAGAUUCGACAGCUGUCCGUGAGACACUAACACCUGAAGGCCACUGUGGAGUGGUUGGUGUCAAGCUGGAAGGCAGUGGCUUCGAUAGCAUCAGCCGCAUUCCUGUUGUGCGUGAAGGCGAAACAAUCUACGCGCUGAAGCCAAAGCAGGACAACGUUCUUCAUCGGCUACUCGUGGAAGUAACAUUGGGCCAGGAUAACGUCAAAUACAUCACAUUCCGUUCGCCACUCCUCAUCGAGAACAACACUCAGAUUCCUGUGGAACUGGGCGUUUUCAACCCCGGAGAGGGCCACUUGUUGAAGAUCGAGAAGAUCUUGCCCGGCGAUGCACGACCGGCCCCCGUUGGAUCAGCAUUCCUUCAUUCUGUCGUUGUUCGCCCAGAUCAGGGAUUCGGAUAUGACUGGUCACAAGAGCAACUGUUCUGGAAGGACCUCAUCAAGCGACCCACGCGCACUGUCAAGUGUGUUAGUGAAAGCGGACAACAGUCUCCUCCGUUCUACUUCCAAGUCAACGCCACUUAUGACAGCAAAGAUUCACUGACGAGCGUAUAUCCCUACAUGAGGAUCCGGAUCUUUGCGCCCGUAGAGAUCCAGAACCUUUUGCCCUACGAUUUCAAGUAUCGCAUCUACGACAAGAACACCAAGAAGGAUUGGACAAACUUCCUGAGGAAGGGUGGUGUCAGCCCCGUGCACGUUGUGGAGCUCUCUCACUUGCUGUUGCUUAGCAUCGAUCUGGAAGAUACGGUAUUCCGCCAGAGCGAGUUCGCUAUUGUCAAUGGUAAUGCCCAAGACUACCGCAGAGAGCAUACCUUGGCUCUCAAGGAUGAACGAGGUCUCCAACUGAAGCUGCAGCUUCACUACUUCAACAUCCCCAACAGUGGUGGUGCUUUCAAGGUGUCUGUCUACAGUCCCUACCUUAUCCUGAACAAGACUGGCCUUCCCAUGGAUAUUCAAAGCAAAGCCUUCCUGCAAUCUGCAAGAACUGCCGCUGGCCAGGGACUCAGAGCCGACCCAAGAGGCGGAGGUCGUGCACUCCCGUAUAUGUACUCUUACGCCAAUGAGGAUCAAAGAAACCGUUCUAUCUUGAAGGUCGGCGAUUCUGCGUGGAGCAAGCCGCAGAGUCUCGAGGCAAUCGGAAGUACCUUCGAGGUCGUGUUCCCCGAUCGCCAAGGCCGUUCAGAGUUCCAUUCUGGGGUGUCUGUUGCUGAAGGUGAGGGCAAGUACAAGAUGACCAAGGUGGUCACCCUCGCCCCUCGUUUCAUUCUCAAGAGCAAGCUCAACGAGGAUCUUCUGGUGCGUGAGCCAGGUUCAUCUAACGUUCUCCAACUUCAGAAUGGAGAAUUGGUGCCACUUCAUUUCCUUCGCCAAGUGCAGGAGAAACAGCUGUGCCUGUGCUUCCCAGGUGUCAACAAUCAAUGGUCCUCUCCAUUCAGCAUUGCAGAUGUUGGAACCGUGCACGUCAAGUUGGCCAAGGCAAAUCAGCGACAAAAGCUGGUCAAGGUUGACAUCAUCCUGGAAGGAGCGACUCUUUUCUUGCACUUCAGUAUUGAGUCUCGCAAUUGGCCGUUCUCCAUGCGCAAUGAAAGUGACAUGGAGUUCAUUUUCUACCAAGCCAAUCCAAAUGUGGAGGAGGAUGAUGACAAUGAGGACCAGACCAGCGGCUGGAGACCAAUCCGAUACCGCAUUCCACCGCGGAGUAUCAUGCCGUAUGCAUGGGACUACCCGGCGACAAAGAACAAGUCGCUCGUGUUGACCUGCCAGGGCAAAGAGCGCCACAUCAAGCUCGCCGAGAUAGGAAACCUGAUCCCGAUGCGAAUUCCACCUUCUCAGCCUGGCGGACACCAGAAGAUUAUUGAUAUCAGCAUUGCUGCCGAUGGUCCCACCCAGACACUUGUGCUGUCCAACUUCAAGCCGUCAAAGAGUAUGUACAAGCAACAAAGAGGACAAUCGUCGCAGACCAGCACAAGCACUGGGUUCGAGGUCAAGGAAAUGAACUCAGACGUCAACUUCAAGGCCCAGCUCCGCCUUGGUGGUAUUGGAAUAUCGUUGAUCAACCAAAAUCUGAAGGAACUCCUCUAUCUCACGUUCCGUGAGAUUGAGAUCAAAUUCAGGGAGUCCAGGUUGUACCAAACUCUGAACACUACGAUCAAGUGGAUCCAGAUCGACAAUCAACUCUAUGGCGGCAUUUUCCCCAUCUUGCUAUACCCCAGUGUCGUUCCGAAGACUGGCAAAGAGAUGGAAGCACACCCGAUCUUCCACGCAAUGGUCACACGGGUCAAGGACGACUCAUACGGUGUUCUCUAUAUCAAGUAUGCGACCUUGCUUCUGCAGCAAAUGACGCUCGAACUAGACGAGGACUUCGUGUUUGCCAUGCUUGACUUUGUCAAGAUUCCCGGUGCCUCGUGGACCGAGGAACAGGAAGGCAAACUGUGCGAUGAAAAUCUCAACAUUCCGGAGCCACAACAGGCAGACAAUGGCCAGGAUGUAUACUUCGAGCUCCUCCAUCUCCAGCCCAUGCAAAUGGAUAUUUCGUUCAUGCGCACCGAGCGCGUCAACGUAGAAGAUGCCAUGCAGCCUUCUAAUCCGUUGAUGUUCUUCGUCAACGUCAUGACAAUGUCGAUGGGUAAUGUCAACGAUGCACCAGUCCGCCUGAAUGCCCUGAUGCUCGAGAAUGCCCGUGUCUCUCUGCCCCGACUCGUCGGCAAUAUCCGUGCGCAUUACACCCAAGAAUUCCUGCGCCAGAUUCACAUCAUCCUUGGAUCGGCGGACUUUUUGGGCAACCCUGUCGGCCUGUUCAACAAUGUCAGCUCUGGUGUUGCCGCCAUCUUCUACGAGCCAUAUCAGGGUCUGGUCAUGACCGACCGUCCCCAGGAGCUGGGCCUUGGCAUUGCAAAGGGUGCCACAAGCUUCGUCAAGAAAUCCGUCUUCGGUUUAUCGGACAGUAUGGCCAAGCUCACUGGAAGUAUGUCCAAGGGUCUUGCUGCUGCUACUCUUGAUAAGGAGUUCCAGGCCCAGCGCCGCAUGUCCAAGGUGCGCAAUCGUCCCAAGCAUGCGCUAUAUGGUAUCACCGCCGGUGGAAAUGCAUUCGCAACUAGUCUAGCCAGUGGUAUCGGUGGCUUGGCACGUCAUCCACUGCAAGGUGCCGAGAAAGAAGGUAUCCAAGGAUUCUUCAAAGGUGUUGGGAAGGGUGUUCUUGGUCUAGCGACCAAGCCAGCCAUCGGUGCAUUCGAUCUUGCCUCCAAUCUCGCAGAAGGCGUCCGCAACACCACCACCGUCUUCGACGCAGAAGGCCUCGACCGCGUCCGACUCACCCGGUUCAUCGGUACCGAUGGCAUUGUACGCCCGUACUCUCAGCGCGAAGCUCUCGGACAGUUCUGGCUAAAGACUACCGAUGAUGGCAAAUACUUCAACGAGGACUACAUCGCCCAUCUUGAACUCCCCGGUCGCGACAUGCUCGUCUUGUUGACUUAUGCGCGGAUCAUGCUCGUGCGCACAAAGAAGCUUUACACGGAGUGGGAUAUCCGUCUCACGGAUAUUCAGACUAUCUCCAAGGAGCGCACAGGUAUGAGUAUCACUCUCAAAGGUGGUGCUAACGGGCCUUUCAUUCCCGUUCAAGAUGAGAGUUCGCGAAAUUGGCUGUAUAGGCAGAUUGCUGUUGCGGUUAAUGCUUUCAAUGAGAAGUAUAAUGCCAGGGGAUAA